AUGGUCUCUCUGGCAGCUUCCCCACGGGCGCCGCGCAUGGCCGACCACGAAGACUAUAGGAAAAUCCUGUCUUGGUUGGCUCAGUAUGUUGACGUUAGAGAACUCAGGAUCUGCGCCGGAACAUGGAACGUUGGAAGCAUAUGUCCACCCAGUGACUUGGAUAUUCAAGAAUGGUUGGAUAUAGAUGAACCAGCUGAUAUUUAUGUUCUUGGAUUUCAAGAGAUUAUCCCACUAGAAGAAGGGUAUAUGAUUGGAACUGAAGACACUCGUCCAGUUGCAAUAUGGGAGCAUAUCAUCCAUGAAACUUUGAAUAAGUGUUCGGAUAAAUCAAAGUUCAAAUGCCAUAGUGACUCUUCACCACCAGCAAGGUUUAAUCCAUCAGAUUGUGUUCUUGCAAUGGAGAAUGAAUUGCAUAAUGAAUCCAACAAUGAUAGUGAUGGGGAGCUUCAUCUGUUGCACAAUACAAAGUCAUCCAAUUCAGCUCGCCAUCUUCAGCCACUGGAUUUAGCCUUUGGUGUUAACAAUUGUAAUGGGGUUAAAAGGAAAAGACUGCAAAGGAUUAUAUUGUUAGGGGAUCUCAACUAUCGGCUCAAUUUAUCAUAUGAGACGACACAUGAACUUGUCUCCAAACAGGACUGGGAUGCAUUGUUUAAGUUGGAUCAGCUGAAAAAAGAACUAGGGAAAGGGUGCACAUUUGACGGUUGGGUUGAAGGAUCUAUCAUCUUCCCCCAACAUAUAAAUAUGAGUUUAACUCAGGGAAAUGUGUGCGACCGAAUUCUCUCAUAUGGGAAGGGAACAAGGCUACUUUCCUACAAGAGGGCGGAGCUUAUGUUAUUUAAUCAUCGCCCUGUGACUGCAGUUUAUAUGGCAGAGGUUGAAGUUGUCUGCCGCAGGAGGUUGCAGAGAGCUCUAACAUUUAGCAAUGCAGAGGUUGAGGAUCACCUGUUAUCGAGGAAGGAAGCACAUCUUGAACCAAAACCAUUGAACCAUGAGCCAGGCAGUUUCCUAGCUCAAGUUCCAACCAAGAUGAUGCAAUGCAAUGCCAAUGCUUGA